GCCCGGAUUGAGGAGGCGGGAGGGACCCAAGCAGGCGGACGCGGGAUUUGGCGCCGCGAUCUCGAGGCUUGGCCUGGAGUGGGAGGGGAAGCAAGGCGUGACUAGGGGCGAAUCCGAGGAGGCGGAGCAGGGCUCGGGGUGCGGAGGGGCGUGGCCAGAGGCGUGGCUGGGCGCUCUGCGGCCAUCUUGUGGGGGGGCCCGGGGCGGAGACGAGCCCGAAAGGGCGGGGCCUCGGCGGCGCGAGAGAGGCGUGGCCGGGGCAUCUCGAGGCGGGGCCUGGGGCUGGAUCUGGGAGCCAGGAGCGGGGAUCUGGGAACCAGGAGCCGGGAGCGGGGAGCUGGGAACCGGGGCGGGCGGCCGCGGCCAUGACCACGGUGGACCUUGCCCGCGUGGGCGCGUGCAUCCUGAAGCAUGCGGUGACCGGGGAGGCCGUGGAGCUGCGGAGCCUGUGGCGGGAUCGUGCGUGCGUGGUGGCCGGGCUGCGGCGCUUCGGCUGCGUGGUGUGCCGCUGGAUCGCCCGGGACCUCAGCGGCCUCGCGGGGCUCCUGGAGCAGCACGGUGUGCGUCUGGUGGGCGUGGGGCCCGAGGCCCUGGGUCUGCAGGAGUUCCUGGACGGCGGCUACUUCGCGGGAGAGCUCUACCUGGACGAGAGCAAGCAGCUUUAUAAGGAGCUGGGCUUCAAGCGGUACAACAGCCUGAGCAUCCUCCCGGCGGCUCUGGGGAAGCCUGUGCGUGAUGUGGCUGCCAAGGCCAAGGCUGUUGGCAUCCAGGGGAACCUGUCUGGGGACCUGCUGCAGAGCGGAGGGCUGCUGGUGGUCAGCAAAGGUGGUGACAAAGUGCUGCUGCAUUUCGUUCAGAAGUCCCCAGGCGAUUAUGUCCCCCAGGAGCACAUCCUGCAGGUCCUGGGCAUCUCUGCGGAGGUCUGUGCCAGCAACCCGCCUCAGUGUGACAGGGAGGUGUGAGGGAGGCGAAGGCCCUGGCCUCUGAGGAUGUGGACGGCGGCUGCUGCCCUGGGUGAGCUGGAAGUCCACGUGGAAGAACCGUUGUGCAGUUGCUGGGCCGGGAUGCCGAACCUCUCCUGAUCCGCCGGCAGCAACCAGCUGUUAAAACUGCAGUUCCUGGCCGGGCGCGGUGGCUCAAGCCUGUAAUCCCAGCACUUUGGGAGGCUGAGAUGGGCGGAUCAUGAGGUCAGGAGAUCGAGACCAUCCUGGCUAACAUGGUGAAACCCCGUCUCUACUAAAAAAUACAAAAAACUAGCCGGGCAAGGUGGCAGCGCCUGUAGUCCCAGCUACUCGGGAGGCUGAGGCAGGAGAGUGGCCUGAACCCGGGGGGCGGAGCUUGCAGUGAGCUGAGAUCCGGCCACUGCACUCCAGCCUGGGCGACAGAGCGAGACUCCGUCUCAAAAAAACAAAACAAAACAAGAAAACACUGCAGUUCCUGGCCACGCACUGCUUCACAAGCGCCGAGCCCUGCAUCCUCCAUAGCUCCCGCCUCGCUCACUGUUGAGGCCCUCGGGGCGGGCAGGGUAGCUGUGAGUCCCAGGUGUCAUCUUCCUGCUUUGCGAGUGUCUCUGGAGACCUUGGGCCUUUGGCCUGUGGGGCACUGGGGAUGGUAACCUCACUGCCCUGUCAGUCCCUUCAAAGGCGACAGACCUGAACCCACGUCAGGAGAGGAGUGUGGGGUCAGCUGCAGCGGGGUCGGGGUCAGUGCCGUGUCUGGUGGGAGCCACACAGGAGAGUUGGGUUUUCAGGGCAGAGUUGGGCUUGAUUCCACCUGGUGGGGUGGGUAGACCCUGGAGACUCUCAGGUGAUGGGCCAGCCUGCCCCAAGGCCCUUUACUGAUGUCAGAAUCAUUGUUUGUACCUGCUGGGGAUGGCCUGUGGGGCGGCCGGCCUGGGAGGGUCUUAGUCCAGUUAGGUAUGUCCAGCUUCCUGGCCACCUUCCCUUGGGGAUCCUAACAGGCCCAGAGCAGAACCCCUUACCUCCCAGGUCAGACUGCCUGCUCAGGCCCUCCCCUCCCGUGCAGGCCGGUGAUAACAGCAGCCCUCCCUGCACUCCCUGGUCCAAACCUGGGGCCGCUGUGGGCUCCUGCGGGUCUCCCGGCUCCCCUCCCGCCCCAACCCCACCCUCUCAGUGGCCAUUUACAAAUGCAUAGCAGGUGACCCACCGCGUCCCUUUGGUUCAGCCCCUCCUCUGGUUUUCAGUUACACAAAGCUAAAUGUCAGGUUCCCAGCUGCAGCUCUCUGGGUCCCCCGACGCCCCAGCGGGGCUCCCCGCAUCUGAAUGUGUGGUCCCUGGGGGGGGGCACUUGGGGGCAUCCUGGUCACUGCUGGCCCUGGCAUUGGACCCUAGGAGACUUGACUGGAACUGGCUCCCUCCCCAUCAGCUCCCAGCUGUCAUUCUCCCCCCAUCCCCGGGCAGCUGUUGUGCCCAAGGCCACUGCCACCUGUCUGCCCACCCUGGUCCCUCCCAGACAAGCAAGGCCUCUGAUUUCUUUGAAGCAUUUACUUAGCUCAAGUCUGAAGCUGUGGAUAUUGGAAGACAAUGCACCUUGGAGGGUGGGCAGGACACAGUUGAUCGUCUCUAUAGGGCUGUGACAGGGGCGCUGAGCCCCGCGGGUGUCCGUAGAGGGGACUCUGGGCCAGGUACUGCACUGGACACUGCUCAUCCCUGGGUGUCGGGCAGGUGGCUGCACCCUAGGCCAGGUGCGGAGGCCUGGCAGGCAGGCUUGGCAUGGUCGGCCGGGCCGGGGCACAUGCUGGGUCGCCGCUGGCUGCACCUUCUCCGCACAGAUGCCUCGGAGCAGCGGGUGGGCGUGGGCCGCGCAGUGCGGCGGGGCCUUGGCUACCACACGCGGCAUCGAUCCUUGGGGUGCAUGGGGGUGCCCUGGGCACAGUGGAACGUGUCUGCAAAGGCGGCCAGGUUCUGCAGUGACCCCAGUACCCUGUGGGUGGGCGGGUGUGACAGCAGGAGCAUUGCCAUCUUGGACAAACACGGUCAUUUUAAGUUCCCCGUGAUUAAAAACCAGCCCAAAACAUCAGCCUAAUGGCUCAUGUCAGUAUGACCAGAAACAUUUCAACUGUGAGAUAAACCCCCAUCUGACCAGAAACAUGCCAAUCCCGAGAAUAACUUCCCUUACAACCAGAGAUAUUCCAAUUCUGCAAUAAAACUUUCCUUCACACAGAAACAUUCCCAGCCUGUGGUAGGCUCCCCCUUCCUAAACCCUUAAAUACCCUUAGUCGGUAAGAGAAUGCUCUUGGCUGAAAUUGGCCAGAAGCCCCUCUCAGGUUGAUUCUCAAAAUAAACCUGUCUUUGCUGA